CAUCACGGGGCGGGGGGGGGGACACGCAGGGGGGACCCCGACUCCCGGCCGCGCUCCCGCCAGGCCCCGGCUCGCGGAGACCCCCCCCCAAAUAAAGCCGCGACCCCCGGGGCUGGCGGGGACCCGCAGGGGCCGCCUGCGACCCCCGGGGGGGGCGCGGGGCUGAGCCCCUCCCUCCCCUCCCCCAGCCCGCCCGGCCGCGACCCCCCCCCGGAACAGCCCCCCCCAUGGGCCCGCGAUGGAGGUGAGGGGUCACAUCCUCCCCCCCGGCACCUACAGCCCCGCAGGGGUGCCCGCGGGGCGGCUGCAGGAGCUGCGGGAGCGCCAGCGGGGGCUGCGCCAGGCGCUGGGGCUGCGCCUGCGGGAGCUGCGGCGCCUCUGCCUGCAGGAGGCCGAGCUGACGGGCCAGUUGCCCCCCGAGUACCCCCUGGAGCCCGGAGAGAGACCCCAGCCCCCCCCCCGGCGCCGCUCCGGGGCCCCCCCGCGGGGACCCCCCCCGAGGUGUGCCGGGCGCGGCGGGAGGCGCAGGCGCAGGUGCAGGUGCAGGCGCAGGUGCUGGAGGCCGCGCGGCGCCUGGCGGCCGUGCCGGGGCUGCCGCCCGAGCAGCGGCGCCGGCGGCAGCGGCUCCAGGCCGAGGCCGCGCAGAGGCUGCGGCAGCUCCGGGCCCAGCUCGGGACCCCCGGGCACGAUGAGAACGGGUCCCUGGGCGACCUCCCCGCGCUGGAGAACGGUGCCCCGCCCCCCCCCAAGCCCCCCCCGGGCGGGCCCGGCCGCCCCUCCCCCCCCCGGGCGGGCUCGGGCAGCCCCGAGCGCCGGCCCCUCCCCCCCUGGAGCCCCGAGGGGGCCCCCGGGCGCCGCAGCUCGCUGGCCGGGCCCGCCAGCCCGGCGCGGACCCUGCCCCGCAGCGCCUCCAGCCUCGAGGGCCGCAGCGUCCCCGCCACGCCCGUGCUGGGCCGGAGCCCGCGCGGCGCCCGCGAGCGCCCCGAAGCCCCCGGGGUUUGCCCCCCCGGCCCUGGUCCGGCAGCCAGGACUCGCAAUUGGGGGGGGGUCUUCAGCCCGCCCCUCCCCCCCAACCCUGCGCGCCCCUCCCCCCCCGCACGCGCCGCAGCAACAGCUCCGAGGCCCUGAUCGAUUGGGGGGGGGGGGGGUCGGCGGCGACCCCCGAGACCCCCCCGGGGCUGCGCGGGGGGGGGGGUGGGGGAGGGG